AUGCCUCCGAAGGCAGUGAAGGGUGCCCCAAAAGCUCCCCCAGGUGGACCUAGAUCUAGAUCUCGGCCAAAGAAAAAGCCUGCGACUCCUUUCGCCGUGAAGCCAAUUGGCGCUUUCUAUGUCUUCUUCAUUGCCAAUCUACUUGCAGCCCUCUAUGCACCAAUUCAAGACUGUGACGAGACCUUCAAUUACUGGGAGCCGACUCACUAUCUCAGCCAUCACUAUGGACUGCAGACUUGGGAAUAUUCCCCGGUGUAUGCGAUCCGAAGCUGGCUAUACAUUUCCCUGCACGCCUUAGUAGGCAGCUUCAGACGAUUGCUGCCUUUCACUACAAAAAUUGGAGAAUUCUAUUUCAUCCGAUAUGCUUUGGCAUUCGUCUGCGCUCUCUGCCAAAUGCAGAUGUUCCGAGUGAUCAACAACACCCUAAACCCUCGAAUUGCUUUAUUCUUUAUGAUGGCUCUGAUAUUCAGCCCUGGCAUGUUCCAUGCAUCCGCCUCCUUCCUCCCAUCGAGUUUCGCCAUGUAUACAACGUUUGUGGGGAUGUCAAUGUUCAUGAAUUGGAGGGGAGGACUGAAGACAGCACAAGGAAUAUUCUGCUUUGCAGUCGGUGGAAUUCUGGGGUGGCCAUUUUCUAUGGCUUUAUGUGCUCCGUUCUUGCUCGAGGAGACCGUAUUCGCAUUUCUGAGCGACAAGGAUGCCGUGAUUGAUGCAAUCAUGCGUGGCUUGCGUGGAGUUAUUGCAGGAAUACUAUUAUUGGCCGCGGAAUUCCUGGUCUCAGGCUUCUUUUACAGAAGGCUCGUUGUGGUUCCGUUCAACAUUGUCUUCUAUAAUAUCUUCGCCGGUCCAGGAAGAGGACCAGAUAUUUAUGGAACCGAACCGUGGCAUUUUUAUAUCCGAAAUCUCCUCCUCAACUUCAAUAUCUGGUUUGUGCUGGCAGUUGCUGCACUUCCCCUCUUCACUCUUCAGAAGAUUUUCUCUAAACCUCAGCAAGCCAGCACUGUCACCGGUCUGCGCAGCAUUAUAUUCAUGUCUCCAUUUUACCUUUGGCUAGCUAUCUUCAGUUCGCAGCCACACAAGGAGGAACGAUUCAUGUAUCCUGCAUACCCUGCACUUGCGCUGAAUGCUGCAAUGGCGCUUCAUAUAAUUCUGGCAGCAUUUGGACAGUCAGAUCCCAAAACACUGAUCGGCAAAAUACCGGGCAGAUUAAAGCUCUUGAUUGUGAGUAUGGUCGUCAUUGGAUCUGUGGAUGUUGGUCUGGCGCGGAUGUAUGGUAUCUAUACCGCAUAUUCAGCCCCACUGAAGAUCUAUGAGCCUCUUGAAAGUAUUGGAUCCAGCGGGGAUUCGGUCUGCUUUGGAAAAGAAUGGUACAGAUUCCCGAGCUCGUACCAUUUGCCGAAGAAUAUGCACGCCAAGUUUAUCAAGAGUGAGUUUAAAGGCCUCCUUCCCGGAGAGUUUUCUGAAGCGAUGACUGGCUUUGGUCUCUGGUCUGGAGCUUGGCUUGAGCCACCAGGAAUGAAUGACCAAAACAUUGAGGAUUUGGGCAAAUACACUGAAAUUAGGGCCUGCAACUUCUUGGUCGAUACUUAUUAUCCCGACUCGGAGCCAGCUGAGCUUGAACCGCACUACAUCCUUGAUACGGAGCACUGGGACAGAGUGGCCUGUGCACCGUUCCUCGAUGCGUCACGGACGCACACACUCGCUCGGACGAUAUGGUUACCCAACAUGCCAUUCAUUCCAGAAAGAUUUCAGCGAAAAUGGGGAGAACACUGCUUACUGAGGAAGAAAGUAAAGGCAUGA